CCUCGGCAGCACAAUAGCACAAUGAAAGGUUGAAGCCGUGACCGGAACGAUUUGCAUUUUUGCAAGAGCACGCUGUGCGUCCAACAAGAACCUAGAAAAGGAAAAAAAAAGAACGGUUAGCGCUAAGCGCGAAGAGUUCGCGCUAUGCCGUGGCUGCCGACUCGCUCGCAGUAAAUUUAAACGGUAAAUAAACGGUAAAUUUCGUUUCACAUAAGGCAACUUCUAAAAAUACAAUUUUGUGUUGUCCAGCAGGAUUUUGAUAUGCAGCGCCACUUAGCGGUGAAGUGAAACGACUGGGACACGUAUGUGUAAGCCUUUGGCGGGGUCGUCUGCUGCGAUCAUUGCACACGUGCGGUACGAGUGAAUGACGCAAGAUAUAGUCAAAGUCCCGAGCAGAAGCCCACCAUGUGACAUCGAGAUACGCAGGCGUCCCAUCAGCGAGCAUCAAGAUUCCGUCAGAGACAUCACCUUAGGCACGCUGGCUCAAAACAAAGAUCCAUUGGUGGCGGAUGGCCAUGCAAGCGGGGACGGCCAUCACAACAACAAAGACCGCGUUGGUGGUGUGCGAGAAGAGUGGCGUAGCAUUGCGCUCCUGCUGUUCCUGUACUUGCUUCAAGGCAUACCACUGGGCCUUGGUUCAGCUGUGCCCCUUUUGCUUCAAAACAGGCGCAUCAGCUACAAGGAACAAGCCCUGUUCAGCUUCGUGACAUGGCCAUUCAGCGUGAAGCUCCUAUGGGCACCCAUCGUAGACUCUCUGUACUCGAGCCGCUUCGGCCGACGCAAGUCGUGGCUCGUGCCCACCCAGUACGCCAUUGGCCUGUCCUUCUUCUGGCUGUCGUCGCACGUACGGUUCCUGCUGGGCGACGAGGAAGGCGGCAGCACGACGCAGCCCAGCGUUCUCGUGCUGACGCUCAUAUUCAUGUCGCUAAACUUCCUUGCGGCUACUCAGGACAUUGCCGUCGAUGGCUGGGCCCUCACAAUGCUCUCACGGAGGCACGUAGGCUAUGCCUCCACAUGCAAUUCUGUGGGGCAAACUGCCGGAUACAUCUUGGGCAACGUGGUCUUACUAGCUCUCGAGUCUGCAGACUUCUGCAACCGCUACCUGAGAUCCGUACCUCAUAAGGAUGGUAUCGUCACCCUUGAUGGAUUCCUGUAUUUUUGGGGCAUCCUGUUCAUGGUGACAACCACUCUGGUGGCCCUGCUGAAACACGAACAAGAUGCAUCUACCACAGAUGAGGAUGGCCACCCUGAUCUGGGUAUCGCUCAGACAUACAAGAUGGCGCUGCGCAUCUUUCAGCUCCCCAGUGUCCGCACACAGUGCAUUUUUCUGUUAACGUGCAAGGUGGGCUUUGCUGCAGCUGACAAUAUGACGGGGCUGAAGCUCCUACAGGCUGGCUUGCGCCGGGAAAAUUUGGCCCUGCUGGCAAUCCCCAUGGUGCCCGUGCAGAUUAUGCUGCCGUUCAUGAUAAGCAAGCAUACGGGUGGUCACAGACCUCUAAAUGUCUUUUUCAAGGCCUACCCUUACAGGUUGCUCCUUGGACUGAUGUUCAUGGUUCUCCUCCACUGGACAUAUCAUGUCAAAAAUACAGAUGGAACCUUCCCCAUUUACUACUACACAGUCAUUGUGGUUGUCUACGCAGUGCACCAGGUGACUGUAUACAGCUGUUCCGUGUCCAUGGUGGCAUUCCAUGCAAGGGUGAGCGACCCUGCCAUUGGGGGAACUUACAUGACUCUCCUCAACACCAUCGCCAACCUGGGCUCCAAUUGGCCUGCAACCCUCUCACUGUGGAUGGUGGACAGUCUCACUUUCACGCAAUGUGUUGGUGCCACUAAGGGAUGGCUACGCUGUUCAUCCAAGGAAGACCAUGAUGCAUGUAGCAGUCAAAGGGGCACCUGCGAGACUAUGUUAGAUGGCUACAACAUUGAGAUGGUACUCUGCAUCGUGCUCGGUUUCCUGUGGCUCUUGUACGCAAGGCAGAAGGCACACUGGUUGCAGUCGCUGCCACAGUCUGCGUGGAAGUGCAAUUGAUCAUGCUGCAGCACACCCGAAACUUGACACACGUGCUUGAAAGAAUCUUCAAUUGCUGGAUCAGUUUGACGACAGACAUAUUUAUUGAAAACAAUAAUAAAAAAAAUUAAUUCACA